AUGAGUGAACAGCAACAGUUACACCAAACGAAUUUAUUUCCCACUCAAACGAUUGGUAGAACACCGGAAGCAUGUAUGGUGCCCAUGUUUUAUGUAAGUAAAACCAUGCUUACUUGGUUAUUCUUACACGAAAAUUGGCGUUCUCGCACAGGUUUAUCUGAAGCCAGCCACUUCGUUUGUCCCUGUUGGUUGCGCUAG